CGUGGUUGUGAAAAUGUCUCAUAAAAUAACUUCAAAAUUUAUUUGGUUUUAUGUGAUGUUUGGAAUGUUAGAUGUAUGCACCGAUUUUACAUUCCUCAUCCUUUAAAGAAAAACUCUGACUUUUAAUUCAUCCAUGAAUUCUGCAUUCUGUAUUCUACCUCUUUGUUCAAGACAGGGUGCAGAAAGGCAUUGUAACCAUGCCUCAGAAUCAGAACUGAGCAGUUUAAAAUAGUUAGUUGAGACCCAGCUAUAGACAGGAUUGAUCUAGUGUACAUAUUUGAGCAAGGUCAACAGCUACAGAAUUCGGAAGCAUACUUUUGCUCAUUAUAACUUCACCAUCUGAGAUGUGACACUGGGAUCAUGUUUGAUAUCAACACAUACUUCAUAAAGAGUCUGUUAUCAUUCAGGGAUGUGGCUGUGGAUCUUUCACAGGAGGAAUGGGAGUAUCUAGACUAUGAUCAGAGGACAUUGUACGUGGAUGUAAUGUUGGAGAAUUACAGCAAUCUAGUCUUUGUGGAGAAUCAUCGAAUAUGUGGUAAAUAUGAGAAAGGCUUGGAUCAAGGCACAAAGUAUAUUGCCCAUGAGGAUGUGAUUAUCCAAGAGAAGUCAUAUAAAUGUAAUGAGCUUGGCAACAUGAUUGAUGAAUCCUCUCAAUGCACAUCUUAUGAAACAAGUGAUACUGCAGAAUAUUGCAACAAGUACAGAUUUGGUAUCCACAGAGAUGCUUCUGUUGAAACAUACGUAAACAGACAUAAAAGUGGGAACACUGGAGAAGAACCUUGCAAAUACAAAGAAUCUGUAAACUGUUUAAAUUUGUGUUCUAUCACUAGCCAAAAUCAAGGAAUUCACACAGGGAAGCAACACAAAAAUACAGAGUAUGAUAAAACUUUUGACUCCAAAACUAAAAUCAUGCUGAAACGAAUCUAUAGUGGAAAGAAGCCACACCAAUGCAGGAAAUGUGGAAAAUGCUUCAAGAUGGACUCAAGCUUCAGUGGACAUCAAAUUGCUCAUACUGGAGAGAAACCCUAUAAAUGUACAAAGUGUAGUAAAUCCUUUCUACAUUUGUCCCAACUCAAAGUCCAUUACAAAAUCCAUUGUGGAGAAAAACCCUACAAAUGUACAGAUUAUGCUCAUUGCUUUUCUCAUACACCUGACAUUGAAAGACAUUACAGGAUCCACAGUGGAUCGAAGACUCACAAUUGUAAUGAUUGUGGCAAAUUCUUUAUGAGUGCUUCAUCUCUUAGAACACAUCAGAGAAUCCAUACAGGAGAGAAACCUUACACAUGUAGCAAAUGUGAGAAAUCUUUUUCCAAGAAAGACCAUCUUAGAAAUCAUCAGAGAAUUCAUACAGGAGAGAAACCUUACAAAUGUAGUGAAUGUGACAAAUCCUUUAUCGUGAAAGGCAAUCUUAGAAGUCAUCAGAGAAUCCAUACAGGAGAGAAACCUUAUAAAUGUAGUGAAUGUGACAAAACCUUUUCAGUUUCCUCAAGUCUCAGAACACAUCAGAGAAUACAUACAGGAGAGAAACCGUACAAAUGUGGUGAAUGUGACAAAUCCUUUAUGAGUGCCUCAUCUCUUAGAACACAUUACAGAAUACAUACAGGAGAGAAACCUUACAAAUGUACCAAAUGUGAGCAGUCUUUUUCCAAGAGAGACUUUCUUAGAACUCAUCAGAGAAUACAUACAGGAGAGAAGCCUUACAAAUGUAGUGAAUGUAACAGAUCCUUUACCCUGAAAGGCUAUCUUAAAUCUCAUCAGAGAAUACAUACAGGAGAAAAACCUUACAAAUGUAGUGAAUGCGACAAAUCCUUUAUGUUUGCCUCAUCUUGUAGAACACAUCAGAGAAUACAUACAGGAGAAAAACCUUACAAAUGUACUGAAUGUGACAAAUCCUUUUCAGUUGUCUCAUAUCUUAGAAAACAUCAGAAAAUACAUACAGGAGAGAAACCGUACCAAUGUAGCGAAUGUCAGAAAUCUUAUUCCAAGAAAGACCAUCUUAGAACUCAUCAGAGAAGUCAUACUGGAGAGAAACCUUACAGAUGUAGUGACUGUGACAAAUCAUUUUCUAAGAAAGACAAUCUUAAAACUCAUCAGAGAAUCCAUACAGGAGAGAAACCUUACAAAUGUAGUGAAUGUGACAGAUCCUUUACCCUGAAAGGCCAUCUUAAAACUCAUCAGAGAAUACAUACAGGAGAAAAACCUUACAAAUGUAGUGAAUGUGACAAAUCCUUUACCCUAAAAGUCAAUCUUACAAAGCAUCAGAGAAUACAUACAGGAGAGAAACCUUACAAAUGUAGUGAAUGUGACAAAUCUUUUUCCCAGAAAGACACUCUUAGAAGUCAUCAGAGAACACAUACAGGAGAGAAACCUUACAAAUGUAAUGAAUGUGAGAAAUCUUAUUCCAAGAAAGACCAUCUUAGAAGUCAUCAGAGAAUCCAUACAGGAGAGCAACCUUACAAAUACAGUGACUAUGACAAAUCCUUUACACAGAAAUUCACACUUAGAAUUCAUCAGAGAAUCCAUACAGAAGAAAACCUUACAAAUGUAAUAAAUGUGACAAAUCCUUUUCAAGUGGCUCAGAUCUUAGAAAACAUCAGAAAACCCAUACAGGUAAGAAGCCUUCCAAAUGGAGUAGAUGCAAGAAAUCCUUUACCCAGAAAGGCAGUCUUAGAACUCAUCAGAUAAUACCUACAGGAGAAAAAUGUAGAAAUGUAGAGAAUGUGACAAAUCCUUUGCUGUUGGCUCGUUUCUUAGAACACAUCAGAGACUGCACACAGGAGAGAAACUUGACA